GACGGUGGUGGAGAAGUACGAGGAGCAAGACGUCUUUAACGUCGUAAUUGUUAUCGCUGAUCGUUGCCGGCACACCUGUAGCGAAAAUGAUGCACGCAAUGAGCGAGCACGCUGGAGUUGGCGUGUUGCCGUUCGAUGGCAUGGGUCUAUACGAGCAACCCCGGCCACCACGAUUAGUCUUCAAAAUGCCACGCGUCGUGCCGGACCAAAAGGCGAAGUUCGAAAGCGACGAGCUCUUCAGGAGACUGAGCCGUGAGAGCGAGGUGAGAUAUACGGGCUACAGAGACCGGCCGAUGGAAGAGCGACAAGUGCGAUUUCAAAAUGGCUGUCGAGAGGGUCACACAGAGAUUGCAUUUGCGGCAACGGGUACUAAUCUUCAGCUUGUCUUCGGUGGUGCGUCUGGCAACUAUCCCGUCGACCCUUGCGACUGCGACUUCGACAAAGAGCACGGCAAGGUACACCUACGCUCGCAUCUGAUCAUGAACGGCGUGUGCGUGAGGUGGCGCGGCUGGAUCGACCUGGAGCGAUUGGACGGGGUCGGCUGCCUCGAAUACGACGAGGAACGUGCGGCCGAGGAGGACGCAUUACUGCGUGAACAGCUCGAGCGCUACAAUCAACGGCUGCGCGACUUUGAGGAGAAGCAACGGGCUUACCGGAGCGGCGCCGCGCAGCCGCCGCAUCUCAACCAUUAUCACCACGAGCACCACGGCCACCACCAUCACCACGGCCAUCACAGCCGACACGUGAGCGGCGCGGCCGCCGCCGGUGCCACCGCCGCCGCCAUCGAGUCCCACCUGCCGCAUCGUCAGGAUGCCGAGAUGGAGAUUUACCGAAGUACACACACGUCGGAUUUCGGUUUCAAUUUAGCGAUUUCUCGUUAAAUCUCAGUAUCCACGAGACAGAGAGAUUAUCGCUCAAGCAAACGUCGGAGAAGUCUAAAGUAACGUCUGAAUGUUUCGAGAAAAAUGUCGAAGCAAAUGGUACGACUGACGGUCUCGCCAACUUGUCUCAGACUGUGAAUAAAGAAAGAGAAAGAGAGAAAGAGAAGGAGAGUGAGGGAAAGUAAUCUAUGCGUUACUUUUCGCUCACGCGAGAAUGUCUCCUCGCGAAUAUAUCACCGCGUCCAAUUGACAGAAGAAAACAACGACCGUGAUGACGAUUACGUCACGGCGCAGUGGCUCGUCAUUGACGAAAUGUAUGAAUCACGAUUCCUCCGCGUUCGGCUAAACGAGUAUGAGUCAGUGCGGGUCGUUGCGUAUGCGUUUACCUUCUGUUUCACCUUUUAGUUAAGUAUGUGGACGCCGUCGCAAAGUCUUUUUGUUAUAUUGUACAUAUUUGUAAAGAGUUUAUAGAUUAAAGAUUGACAUUUGCGUUCGGAUUCUCUCUCUUCGUUUCGUCCGUUUCAUCCUUUUCUCUACGCUCGCACUGAAAUGGAAUAGAGGAAAAUAGUAAUAAAUAUUGAAAAUA